AAAACCGUGCCGCUGACGCUACGGCGUAGACGUGCUACGAAAGUGCUACGGAACUUUGCGAGUUGACUUGAAGACGUGACUCUGCUACCAUCAUGAGGUGUUCUCGUAGCGUGGUGCUAAUUGCGCUGUGGCUGGUGGUGGGUACAGCUUCGAUUCCCGUCAGGCGCUCACCAGACUUGGAGGCGCGGCGCAGGAGUGCUAUUGAUCGCAGUAUGAUUAGAUUUGGAAGAUCGUAUCCGCCAGAAGUGUCGGCAGCAGAUAUAAGAGAAGCCCUCCAACCGCCGGUCCGUCGAGGAAACAGCUUCCUCCGCUUCGGAAGGUCACAACAACCUUCUUUGACUGCUGAUGAGCUGGUCUCCCUUCUUAGAACCUAUGAAGAAGACUACGAUACAUCAAAACGAUCACCAAGCUUCCUCAGACUGGGUAGAAACCCCAGUUUUGUAAGACUCGGCCGUUCUAAUGAUAAGGGCAAUUAUGAGCAAUCUGCUGAGCUGUUGGUAAGCGGUUACCCUCAGAGGAACAGCAGAGCUAGAGACCACUUCAUCAGACUCGGCAGGGACAGUGAAGAAGUUGAGAAGGUCGAAACAGAAGAAGAGGAAGAGAGAAGGAAAAGGUCGGUGGAAUGCAAUGGAUGUGAGGCGUAAAAUGUGAUUUUUUCAUAGCUGUGUUGAGGUCUCCGGUUAUAAUGGAAGUUUUUGUAAUACGGCUUCGUUCUCGAUGUAACAAAAAGCGAAAUUCAAAAUGUUGAGUGAUUUAAAUGUGUAAAUUUAGAACUUACUAUUAUUAUUUUUGUGUUUUUUUUAAGUAUUACAAAAUACAGGCUGAUUUUUAAAAGACCAGUUUAAAAUUCCAUACGCAUUCCAGCGGCGUUCCUUCGGAAUAUAAAGACCAGGUAACAAAUUAUUUAAGAAAAAUAUUACAAAGCGCACUAAAUUAAGUUACGCCCUCUUUAUGAGGUUUUUAAUUGUUUCCGCACACAAAUAUGGCUUGUUGUAUAAAUAAGAGGUUAUUUUAUAGAAAAACAUACAUUUUUGAUGAAUUUCACACAUAAUAAACGACCUUUUUUUUUGUAAAAUCUUAUGAAAUUGUCCCGGAAUUAUUUUUAUAAUUUAUUUUUAUGCAUACCUACCAUAUUGUACUUUAAAUGUUUUUCUUUUUGAUUUUUAAUCCGUUUCUCUGAAAUGGAAUACACAAAUGUUACAUUACAUCGGCUAUGUAUCUAUAUAUUUUUAAUGAGGCUAAGUACGUGGUGCGGCAAUGUAAUGAAUUUUUAAAUAAUACGUACGUAAUGAUAUAUUAUAUAGUUACUAGUGAUAUAUUCUAGUGAAAUGUUUUUAAAUUAGAUUAAAAAAUUAAUUACAGUUAUAUAUUCGAUGAACACAAUUGAUUCUAAGCAAAAAGCGCUUAAUUAAAAAAUAUAUAUAAAAGGUUAUUUUAAAGUUACAUUUUUUGUGAUUUUAUUGAAGUACUUCAUUAAUAUUUUAUUCAACGAAAUAAUAUUUUUUUCUCAACCAUGUCACCACACCAUUAAAUAUUAUUAAACUAUUGCAAAAGAUUUAUUUGUAUAAUUUUUGAAAUAAAAUAUGAUUAUUUCUGGAAAUUGUUGUUGAAUUUUAUCUAGUUUGUGUAUUUU